UUGCCAAGGGUAAGGGGAGGAGUGAGGCUGGGGGAGCUUAGUGGGCUGGAGGUCAGACCUUCCAGAGGAAUCUUCUAACAGUCUUAGGGCAGCUUAGCCAGCCUGGACACACCCCCUUGCUCCCCACACUGCCAAUCAUGCUCAGUUGUCCAGAAGAUGAUGAAGAGGCUGGUCAAGCAGAGGAAAGGAAGGAAGAGGGCCUUAGCCUAAGGAAUCCAUACGCAGAGGCUUGUGGGGAGACACAGACCCUUGCUCCCUGACAUUACUUGGGGCCAGGAUGGGGCAGCAGUUCAGCUGGGAGGAGGCCGAGGCAAGUGGCGAGAUGGACGUGGCAGAGCUGCAGGAGUGGUACAAGAAGUUCGUGGUGGAGUGCCCCAGCGGCACACUCUUCAUGCAUGAGUUUAAGCGCUUCUUCAAGGUCACGGGCAACGAGGAGGCCACCCAGUAUGUAGAGGGCAUGUUCCGAGCCUUCGACAAGAAUGGGGACAACACCAUUGACUUCCUGGAGUAUGUGGCUGCCCUGAACCUUGUGCUGAGGGGCACGCUGGAGCACAAACUGAGGUGGACCUUCAAGAUCUAUGACAAGGACCGCAACGGCUGCAUCAGCCGCCUGGAGCUACUUGACAUCGUGGAGGCAAUUUACAAGCUGAAGAAAGCCUGCCAGCUGGAGGUAGAGACCAAGCAGGAUGGUCAGCUGCUCACGCCCGAGGAGGUCGUGGACAGGAUCUUUCUCCUGGUGGAUGAGAACGGAGAUGGCCAGCUCUCUCUAGACGAGUUCAUUGAGGGCGCCCGUCGUGACAAGUGGGUGAUGAAGAUGCUGCAGAUGGACGUGAAUCCCAGCAGCUGGAUCUCUCAGCAGAGACGGAAGAGCGCCAUGUUCUGA